AUGAAAAACAUAGCCAAGACCAAGAAGAGGGAGGAGGCUGGUACCAUACUGGUUUCUGCCUCCAAGUCACUCGUACCAGUUUUUGUUGGUACUAUACUAGUUUCUGCUGGUACCAUACCAAUUUUGGCUAGUACUGUACCAGUUCCUGCUAGCACAAUACCAAUUCCUACUAGCACCAUACCAGUUAUUGUUGCCACCAUACCAAUUCCUGUUGUACCCAUACAUGUUGGCACUAUACCAGUACUUGUUGGCACAGUACUAGUUCUUGUUGGCACCGUACCAUUUUAUGUCAUACCGGUACAUGUUGGCAAUGUACCAGUUCUUGUUGGCACCGUUCUAGUUUCUGUUGUACCAGUACAUGUUGGCACUAUACCAAUACUUGCUGACACCGUACAAGUUUCUGCUGUCGAUGUACCAGUUUUUGUUGCCGCCAUACCAAUUUUUGUUGUCAUCGUACUAGUUACUAUUGUCAUCGUACCAAUUUCAAUUUUUGCCUACAUCAUACCAAUUUCUGUCAACACCGUACCAAUUUUUGUUGCCAUCGUACCAAUUUCUGCUACCACCAUACCAGUUUUAGUUUUUGUCAACCCCGUACUAGUUUCUGUCGAUACUGUACCAGUUUUUGUCGAUACUAUACUAGUUUUUGAUGCCACCGUACCAUUUUCUACUACUGUCAUACCAAUUUCUACUGUCGUCGUACCAUUUUUAGUUUCUAUCGACACCGUACUAGUUUCUAUCGACACCAUACUGGUUUUUGCUGCCACCAUACCAGUUUCUGCUGCCACCCUACCGGUUUCUAUUGUUGCAGUACUAGUUUCUAUUGACACCGUACUAGUUUCUCUCAGAACCGUACCAAUACCUGCUACUACUGUACUAGUGCUUGUCAUACCAGUACCUGAACAUGUCAUACUAGUACCAAUUACCUGUACGGUGACCUCAUUUUUUCUCUAG